AUGCAGGAAAAUUACGGUAUUUUCAAUAGUACAAGACCUCCGGAUUUUCUUCAACGAAAACGAGAUUCAACAACUUUAACAAUUUACUUUAAUGGAGAUGAUAAAUUGUUGAAUAAACAUCAAACAUAUCGUCAUCCAGUACCAUCAAUAAUUACAGUUAUUGCGUCAGCAUUGAAUUCAACCACAAAUAUACCAACAUCCCCACUCGCCCCCGCUCAAUCUCCAUCAAGAUCUUCGUUAUCACAAACCAAUUCCAGUACCAAACAACGUCCCAAAAGUUUCUUUCAACGUUUUAAUGGUGUUGAAUCUACAAAUAAUGAAUCGCUUAUACGUACCACACGCUAUCGUACACCACCCGUAGAAUCAGCCGAUUUUACUCUUCCAUCGGCUAUUACGUUUAAUAACGAUGAUGUCUUUGGUUUGUCACCAUCGGCUGGAGAUGAACCAAAACUUCGUCGACGUUUUACAUUUCGGCGAAGUUUACGACAAAAACCAGGCACCCCCUCAAGCAAAGAGCAAGAGCAAGGAAAACUAAGAUCAUCAUUUACGAAAGCAGCACUUGUCAGUUUCGACGUUGAUGGUUCACGAAAUGGUUCUGGUUCACGUGGCAGCACAUCUGCCGCUCAAGGAGGAGGUGGAAAAAGUGGAACGGGUCAAGUUAGUGGAUCUGGUACAAUGCAUCGACGUGAAUCGUUUUUAUAUAAAUGUGAUAGUGAUAAUGAUUUAUCGCCAAAAGGAAUAUCAAGAAAUCCAUCUAUUGGAAGUGAACUGUAA